AUGUAUGCCGGGGACUUGGGUGCCACUGAGAAAGCGUUAACAGCCACCGCUACCACCUGGCCCAUUGGCCUGUUCCGGACAUUCGGCACAAACGACAUUCCACAACAUGUGGCCCCUCGGCCCGGCCCCUUUCACUCGGCGGAACGUGGUCAGGGCACGCCGUCCGACUCCCUGCAUGAUGGGCCUCGUCGUGCUGAGGGAGCGAACGCCGACUCCCGGCUCAGAGAGGCCCACGCCGAGAAGCACCCCAGCCUCCGCUCCCCCGCCUUGUGCGGCCGCCUGGGAAUCAUCCUGAUCCGAGUGAGACCGGAGAGUAGGAGAAUCACCUGUUUUUACUGGGGUCCGUGGGGAAGCAGACCCAGUAUGCUAGGGACCCUGGUGCUGGGCAGGAGCCUUCGGAACGCCUCUGGUUUCUCGGUCUCGGUCACGCAGCUGUGGGGGGCCCCCCGCUGUCAUCCGCGCAGGGCAGAGCGAUGCCACUCCCAGGGUCCCUGCGCACAGAGGAACCGGAGCGACGCUUGGCACCCCCUCUGGAAGGGCCCGGCCUCUGUGCCCAGAGGCACCCGGCAGUCCCCUGUCAACAUCCGCUGGAGGGACAGCGUUUACGACCCACAGCUGCAGCCCCUCAGGGUUUCGUACGCUGCGGCCAGCUGCCUGCACGUCUGGAACACCGGCUACUUCUUCCAGGUGGAAUUCGACGACUCGGCCGAGGAAUCAGGGAUCCGCGGCGGCCCCUUGGAAAACCACUACAGGCUGAAGCAGUUCCACUUCCACUGGGGCGCGACAGACGAGCGGGGCUCGGAGCACACGGUGGACGGCCGCGUGUACCCAGCAGAGCUGCACUUAGUUCACUGGAACUCGGCGAAAUACCGAAAUUACAAAGAAGCCGUAAUGGGGGAGAACGGCGUGGCCGUGAUAGGCGUGUUUAUAAAGCUGGGGGCCCGGCACGAGGAGCUGCAGAAGCUGGUGCGAGUCUUGCCGGAAAUAAAGCUUAAGGGUGCACGGGCCGCUGUGGGCCCCUUCCAGCCCUCCCGCCUCCUGCCCGCCUGCCGGGACUACUGGACCUACCCGGGCUCGCUCACCACGCCUCCGCUCAGCGAGUCGGUCACCUGGAUCGUCCAGAAGCGGCCCAUCGAAGUGGCUCAGGACCAGCUGGCUGCCUUCCGCACGCUCCUGUCUUCUGCGCUCGGUGAAGAAGAGCGGUCCAUGGUGGACAACUACCGUCCACUUCAACCCCUGAUGAACCGCAAGGUCCGUUCCUCCUUCCAGCUCCAGGGACUAGAAGCCCACACUGGUUCUGCCGGGAAGCUGGCAGGCCACCAUGGCUUCCUGGCCUGCCCGGCCGCCAGAGACGGCCUGCAUUCCCUGCUCGAUGCCCGGCGGUUCCCAAACGGUGUGCAGCUGCCCCCACCGCCCGGCCCCAGCACCCACUUCGGAGCUGGAACUCUGCCCCCGCCCGCGUCCAGCCUGCGGCAGCCGCCCUUCCAGAGUCUAUGUCUGGACUUCGACGGUGCUGGAGUAAAACACAAGCAGAACCGUACGCCCUCCAGCCCUGCGCUUGGAUGGCGCACUCAUCCUGUCCUGGUCCGCUGCCUGUUUCCCUGCGACGGCGGGGUCCUCAUCUACCUGCUGACUCGCAGCCCAGAGAAAACGCUCAUCUGGGGAAACGGAGUGAGGAGCGCCGAUCCACGCAGGCCCAGUGGCAAAGCAGGCCGGCAGCGCUGGCCGGAAGCCCUGGACACUGGAGACAUCUGCAUGUGGUUUCUGCCCCCCUGGCUGUUGGCGCCAGAGAACAUGGGGGGUCGAGGAUAA